AUGGCUUCAAUAACCAGUAAGUUGUAUUUUCAUAUUAUUAAAAGAAAUAAUGACGAAUUUAAAUUAGCGGGCAUAUCGGAAAAUAAAGAAACAUGGUAUGUCCUACCUGAAGAGAUGAAAGAUUUAAGUUUGCACGAAGCUCUAUCUACGAAGCGAGCAAUAAUAAAUACAAUUAAUUCUAUCAAACCUAUCAAUGGUUAUUGCAAAAUUUGCAUCAAACUCGACGAUGAAUUGAGAAAAGAAUAUUACGACAAAGACGAAAAUCUAUGUUUUUUAGAUAAUAUGUGGUUCUUUAAUGACUAUGCCUUAGCGAAAGAAAACCUAUGUUUAGAAAUUGAAAUGUCGAGAAUAAACAUGAUCGUUAUGGGCCUUCCUGUAGAAAUACAAAACCAGCUUGAUAGAGAAGAAAUAACGACCAUUGAGAAACUGUCCAAAGAACUAACAAAAAUUGAUGAAUGUGUUUCUAACAUCAAGCCAAAAUAUGACAAUAAAUUUUUAAGUAAUGAAAUAUCAUACAAUACGGACGUCAAGACAAAGCAACUUUAUCAACACAGAGAUAUGAAAAUGUAG